AGUGGGAGGUCGGGGCCGACCCCGCGCAGCAGAGACCAGCACAGCCAUGAAGCCGUCGCUCCUGCUCGCGCUCGUCUGCACGGCCGUCCUGGCAGUGGGAGCAAGGGCCUACACGUCGGAGGAGCCGGAGCCGCUGUUGGAGAAGGUGCGGGAGUACGCACAGAAAGCCACGGCCAUGGUGAAGAACGCCCUGACCACGGUGAAGGAGUCGGAGGUGGCUCUGCACGCCAGGCAGUGGCUGGCGGACAACACGGACCUGGCGAAGCAGAAGCUGAGCUGGCUGAGGGAGCAGCUGGUGGAGCUCUGGAAGAAGAAGGAGGCCGCGUAGCCCCGGGGGGCGGUCCGGGGGCCGUCCAGCCCCCCACCCGCGGUCGCGGUUCUUGUAAUAAAGCGGCGCUGA